UUUAUUCUGGAAUAGUUUUCGUUUGAAGCGUUACUCAUAUGGGGGAUGUGGAUUGCUAGUUGUAGCUAAAGCUACCAGUCAUGCAUUUUUAAAAGAACUUCCAGUUUCGGUCCGCAGGACGUGAUAAGCAUCACCGUUAAUCUAUAAUGAAAAUAGAAUCAAAGUAUACAUUAUUAAGUAGACGUCAUGAAUAUUAAUUAGGCGUCAGUUUCGCUUUUAACCCCCUCUUCAACCCGCCCCCCGUAUUUCCGCCAAGAUGGUUGUCGGUGCUUUUCCUAUUGCCAAGCUGCUUUAUUUAGGCGUUCGGCAGAUGAGUAAGCCGGUCGCUAACCGAAUUAAAGCGGGGGCUCGAAGAAGCGAGUUCUUCAAGAAUUAUGUCUGUCUGCCUCCGGCUCAGCUUUAUCACUGGAUCGAGAUGAGGACCAAGAUGAGGAUCAUGGGAUUCCGUGGGGCUGCAAUUAAGCCCCUAAAUGAGGAGGCUGCGGCUGACCUAGGGGCGGAGCUUGUGGGGGAGGCCAUCAUCUUCUUGGUCGGCGGGGCCUGCCUGGUUCUGGAAUACAGCAGGCAGACGGCGAACUCGCGCCGCAAGGAGGAGGAGCUGAACAAGAACAUCUCUGACCUACAGACACAACUGGGCGAAGUCAGGCUGGAAAUGGAGAUUCUAGAUACCCGGCUGAAGGAGGUCAACCGGGUGCUCAUGGCCAUACCUGCCCCCUCUGGCAAAUAGUGGAUGAAUUCCAGCAGCUUGGUAUUCAGCUGGUGCAGUACAUGUGUGGAGUUACUAUAUCUUAGUAAAGUUUUCACAUAUGGAGCUCUCUCCAGCUCUGUAAGAAGGGACAGAGGAGCACUGCCGUAAUGCUUUGGCAUGUCACAAGAAUGAAAUGUGUCCUUUUUCUGUUCCUGGCAUUAUCAGUAUUUGGUUAAUGUCCAUGCAGCGAGUUUAGACCAAUAAUUUACAUUAACUUGGUGUGAAGCCAGUUUUAACGUCAUUGUGUCAGUGUUUUGCAGUCUUGCUCACUGUAUUUCAAGGCUUCAUGUUUCUCAUCACUGUUCAAGACAUCAACAAGAUCUACGUGCCACCAGCAUGUCCUAACAUAAAUCUCACAGAAUGUCACUGAUAGUUUCACUACCUUGGCAUUCUGAUGAGUUUGUGAAGACUAUUAAAACAUCAUUGUUGAAUACUUUGGCAUGACACUUAUUUGAAAGAAAAUUACAUGCUUUCUGUAUUUUUAUGUUGGAGAUGUGCACCUGUUGAGUUGUGUAAUUUCACUGGGCUGGAUUUCUCAGUUAACCCAGGGAUCAGGUUAGUCCAUGCUAUUGGGAGUAACCAGGCCCUUAUAAAACAAGGGAAUUUGGCUUGUAACACUGGUAAUUUUGUUUUUAAAAAUCCAGCCAUUAUUAUAGGUUGUCAUCCUUUUCAAAUAUUUGUUUGGUUCAUAUACAGGUAUUGGGAUUUUAAUAUUAGGAUCUAUAUUCAAAACAUUGGCUUUUAAUUUAUGGAAUGGUGUAUGCAAAAGGUGACCUGUAAAUUAAUUAUUGUAAAAUAAAUUAUUUUUUGAUAAGU